AUGUCGUCGCAGUGCGAUUCAAAAGACAAAAAAGACAAUGAAAAUCGAUGUGAACAACAAAGCCUGCAAUUACUUAAAUUAACUGUUGAAACAGAUCCCAUUCUUCAUAACCCAAUAGAAGAGAUGCGUCUAGAGGAUAUCUGUAGUCCUGAGACAAAGCAAAUUGUGGCAAAUAUGAUCUAUUCUAUUCGAGCAAAACAGCUGGAACGUGCGAACGCUCCAUUUACUAAGGCGGCUGGCAUGGCCGUGAAUCAAUGGGGCAUAAACAAGCGAAUAUUUUUAUUUUGCCCCGAAGGAAAUGAUGGAGAGGUAAAAGUUAUAUUUAAUCCAACAUACAAGCCAAUUUCGUCGAACCAAGUAUCAACAGAUCCAACGAAAACAAAAUCAGAAGAUCAGUUUACAAACUUAUAUCGAGAAGCUUGCUUCAGUGUUCCACAAGCAUAUGGAAUCGUCGAACGCUACACAAAUAUUGCAAUUAGUUAUGUUGAUAUCGAUGGUGUGCAGCAUACGGAUGAGCAAUUAUCCGGUUGGAAAGCUAGAGUGUGGCAGCAUGAAACAGAUCAUUUAAAUGGAAUGUUGUACUCAAACAGACAAUCGGGACUUAAAUAUGGUCCGAACUGUACAGAAUUUCAUAGAUUUCAAACGAAAUCGGAAUUCGAUGAAAGUUACCCGAAAUAA